CUGGGUGAAGUCAGACAACAAACAAUUUUUUUUCCCCUGUUGUUUCAGAUAACGAUUAGUGAAAGAAUCAGAUUUUGCAAAAUCACUUCCCGAGAAACACAUACACGGAAAGUCGGUUUCUUUCAGUGCUGUUGAACACGAGAUGGUGAAAUGUUUAUUAUUCCACAAAGCAAUCCCUUUGUAGCAGUUCUCAAAAGGAUCAGAUAAUCUUCUGAAAAAUAAAACAAACGUAGGAUCAGCAAAUUGGUAUCUGAGGUGCAGUCAAGUUCAAUAAACAGCAGCACCCUGAACCGUUUUAGUCUAAGUGGCAGGUCCCAUUCUUAAGAUAUGCUGCUUCAUGCUUUCUUCACCCUGGUUGUGGGAAUGUCCCUGGUUGUGGGAGUGUCCCUGGUGCAACCGUCAGAUCCUGAGGAAUGCAGAUGUGAAGAGAAAGUCAACAUUUGCUCUGGGGUUCCUGGCCUCAAUGGAGUGCCGGGAACCCCAGGGAGUAAUGGUUUACCAGGAAGAGAUGGGAAGGAAGGACCUCCAGGGCCAAAAGGAGACCCAGGAUUAAAAGGAAUACAGGGACCCCCGGGAAAAGCUGGACCUCCUGGCUCAAAUGGGGAUCAAGGACUGAAAGGGGAAAAAGGAGAUAGUGCAGGUAAAGAGCUUGACGUUCUUAAAACUCAGAUUCGUGAUUUACAGGAAGAGCUGAAGGUCCUGAAAGAGAGUACAAGGAAGAAUCAGGAAGAUGUUCGAGGGGCUGCUUUCCCAACCUUCACCUUAAUAGGAACCAAAAAAUUUGCAUCUAAUGGAGCUGAAGCCAAUUUUGAAACUAGCAAGGCCACCUGCUCCAAAUUUAAAGGAAAACUUGCUUCUCCGAGAAAUGCGGAGGAAAACACUGCCCUAGCAAAACUGGCUUCAAAGCUUGGAAGACACACAUUUCUUGGGAUGACUGAUCGGGAGUCAGAAGGUAAUUUUAAGCACCUCAAUGGGGACCCCAUGCAAUACUCACGAUGGGCAGAUGGCGAACCUAACGGAGAACAAGAAGAUUGCAUAGAGUUGUACCUGGAUGGCCGAUGGAAUGACAUUAAUUGCAAUGAAAGUCGAUUAAUCAUCUGUGAGUUUUAAUCCAACCAUCCCUCUCCGAGUUUGACCGGCUAGCAAGAACAGAUUUCCAAAGUACUAAAUGACAUUCACCUAUAACUUUAGAACAUGAGCAAAAUGACCUUAUUCACUCUGAUAUUCAAAAAAACAAACAAAAAAAAAACUACAAGGCUUUACAAGGUUUGCUUGCUCGUGUAAUUUAAUUCAGCUUGUUGUAGUUUGGAGGCUACUUUAAAAAAUGUGGGUUCAUGAGAAAUGUUUGUGAUAAUACAACUAAUAAAUAAUGUACUGGCAAUUGUCAUGUUUGGAUAAUCACUUAUUAAACUGUCUCCUUAAUGUAA